CAUUUGCGUAAAUGAUAGUAAUAGGCUUUCGUAGUUUCGCCUCUAAGUAAACCGAAAGUAAAAUUUCAAUUAUUUUAUUUUUAGUCGCGCUGACGUGUCCUCUUAGAAGUGUUACGGAUAUACAUUUACGUACAAACCAUGGAAACUGAUCAUAAGCUGGGAAACCAUUGGCGACAACCAUUCCAUGUUUAUGGACCAGGAGAAGAAAAGCUUAGAAAAAAUGCCAUACGACGCACUGGAGAUUUUAGAAUUGAUCCAAAAGAAUGGGAAAAGAAGGCACAAGAAACUGACAAUUUUUUGGAUGAUUUUAUGACCACUUUUCAAGAGAAAGCUGCUAAAAAGUAUGGUGGCGAGAUUUCUUUUGACGAUGACUACAUUCGCCAAUCGAGUGCGAGACAAGGGUUGAAAAUUUAUUCCCCCGAUGAAUACGAUGUUAUUGUUCCAGUUCGCUUUCCUGAAAUAGAACUGCAACAAUCAAAAGUGCGAAAUGCGGAUGGGAAAAUUGCCGCUGGUUUAAAUAGACAAAGGGUGGUGAAUAAAGAUGCGACAUCCACCCAUCCUUCUCUCGAUAGACAAGGCGUUUUUCAAAGGCAAAAUGGCAAUAUAUAUCUGAAUGCAAAGAAUUUUCAAGAAAAAUGUUUGACUUCGCCACUUGACCAAGCUAUAGUCGAGAUGAACAAGAGAUAUCCAGACUGUCGAAUCGUUCGAAGCAUUUACCCGCCAACCAUGAAUGUGCAGAUCACAUCUCCAUCAGGGAUGGCAACUAACUUUGAUAUAGUUCCUGGGAUCGAACUGAUGAAAGAAAACAUUACAAUUCCACCACAUAUUACAGGGAAUAAACCUUGGCGUGUAACGCUGCCUAUAUACGGUUUGCCAAAACACGUCAACAAACAGAACACGUUUUUCAAAGAAAACGACAAACCCCUGAUUUGGCGAUAUGACACAAGCUCACACGAACGGUGCAUGUCUGACUUGUGCAUGAAUAUGAAAGAAAGACAGUAUAUUAUGACUGCUAACCGCAUCUUGAAGGCAGCAGUUAGAGAUUUAGAGAAACAGAAUAACCCACUUUCUAGGGUUUGCAACUCAUACCAUUUGAAAACGAUUGCGUAUAAUGUUGUCUACGAUCAAACCAUGCGCAAAUGCGAAAAAAACAUCAAAGUAACCGGCGUGAAAGACGCCCUAGGUUACCAGAUUUCAGAACUAAGAAAAUGUUUAAAUGAGCGCUGUUUGCCUGACGUUUUUCUUGGUAACAAGGCUUUGGAAGAGAUAUUUCCAGGUUCAAAACUUAACCAAAUGCACAGACAGCAAAAUUUGUUUUGGAAGACUCAUCCACAACUGUUGCUUGAUUCACAGCGGCACGGACUUCCCCAGCUACUUGAUUACUCGAGUGGGCUUUAUACUUGUUAUGGAGGACUUGGUUAACAUCGACAAAUUAAAGUUGUGUUGUCCUAAAGAUAAAAUAUUUGCACCUCACUGUGUACAUAGAUUUGCUUGAACGAAAAUUGGAUUCAUUAUAUAUAUAUAAUUAUCUUGAUAUUCAUUGAACUUAUUUCAUUUUUAAUGAUUUUGUUGGAAAUAAUUUGUUUGUUGUUUGUUUGUUUGUUUGUUUGUUGUUUUAUGAAUAUGUACAGAGAAGAUGAUAUACAUGUAGUUACAUUGGUUAAAAAUAAAAAUAUGAAUUGAU